AGGCACCAGGAGGAUUUGAAUAAUCAACAAACGUAUCAAAUUCGCGAUAAGCUUCAUAACACGCACCUGGGCGGACAGGAGACUACAGUCGGGUACGUCCAUGAUUCUUAUUGCUACAACAUCAUCGAAUUGGUUGUUUUUGCUAACAUCUUGGUCUGUUCUUUAGAGGAGAAAACGGCAUGGGAAAGACAAAGCUCGAGAAGCCCGCGUACUUGUCGGUAAAGUCCAAAAAAGUGAAGCCAUUAACGACCAACGUGUUAGACUCCAAGGAAUCUGCACAAUCAGCGAAAAAGUCGGACGAAUGGCCUCAAACAUUGAAGGAUUACGUGCAGCGCUACUUUGCAACGGUAGUCGAGGAGGACCAUGCCGAGGCACAGAACGAGUUGAAGGAACUUGUUGGCAAAUUUCACAGCCAGGGAAAGCUUUGGGACGUGGACUGGGAGAAUAUGGAGGUGCCACGUAAGUUCCGGAGAAAAAGAAGCCUUAAUAGCCCUUCUCCGGAAUACGAGACCCUUGGUGAUGAGGAGCGAGCUAGGCGCGAGAAAAGAAUGCGUCGGUUCGAAAAGUCCAAGGAUGAUGUUCCUAUGAAAAAACCUGCUCGCGUUGUGUAUGCCCCACCUGUCAAUAACAAUGAUGUUAUUGACUGGGAUGCUCAAACAAUCGUCGGCACUUGCACCAAGCUGGAAAAGAACUAUUUAAGAUUGACUUCGGUAAGUAUGCAGGACAAGUGGGUUGUGCUGACUUCGACUCAAUAUUGACAAUACUACUUUUUCUCGCAUAAACUAGGCACCUGAUCCAUCCACUGUCCGACCAGUCCCUGUACUCAUGCAGACGCUUGAGCUCUUGAAGGACAAGUGGCGCCAGGAUCAAAAUUAUGCUUACAUUU